UGUGACGACAGCAGCGGAACUAUCUGCUUUCAAUUCAAAAUGGCAGCGUCUAUCAGGAAGUGAAGAAACAACUGAAAAUAAUAAGUUGGACCAAAUUCCUUGUUUCGGUUCAUUUAACUCAGGAAUUCGAUUGAAAACAUACGUGCGAUCUGAGCUGGAAUUUAGAAUAAGUAACACAUUCGUGGUGAUGGAGUGUGCUGGGCAUUAGUAGGAGCGCUGUAAGACACAGCCAGGAUACAUAAGUGAAGGUCAGGGGUCAUGUGUCAGCCUGCAGCCUGAUGCCCACACUCCCGUCACCUUCACUGGCCAUGGACGGGGAGAACUACCUGCACCCAGAGGGGCCGCAGCUGGACAGCAGCAUGUUCGAAGUGGCUUCUUCUAAUAUGGAGAGUUCUAUGUAUCCUUCUGCUUCCUGGGGAUCAUUCUCACAGCAGUCUGGAGGCUACAGCGCACACUGCCCUAUGCAAUCUGGAAACCAGCAAUACCACUUGAAUGACACUAUGCCGGAUAUGCACAUCGACAUGUUCAGCCAUUCUGGGUUCCAUGACGAUUUCCCCUGCCUCAAUCUCCCCAGAAACGGAGGCUUCCCUCAGGACCUGUCCUGCAUCGAUGACCUCUCCAACAACUCUCUGUUCUCCUCUCCGGCCGACUCUCUGUCAGAGUACGCCGAUGCACAGGACUUCAUCCACGCAGACAACCUGGCCCACGUGCCCACGCUAUGGGACAUAAACACGCCAGCACAGAGCCAGCUGGAGCUAAAUGCCAACAGGUUUCAGGGUUUGAGCAGUUUGGAGGAUAUCUCUGCCAUUAUCAGCACCCCACCUUUGGGAGGAUACCAGGUUCAGAGAACCCAGACUCCGGCAGAAGAGGAGGAGGAGGAGGAGGAGACAGAGGAGCUGGGACAUGUAGACACCUACGCCGACUACAAACCAUCCAAAUCCACCAUAGGGAUCUCCCACCCAGACAUAGUGGUGGAGACCAAUACGCUGUCCAGCGUCCCUCCUCCUGACAUCACCUACACUCUAUCCAUUCCUAACCUCACCAUCAACUGUGGCCUGCUCUCUGCCCUGCAACUCGAGGCCAUCAUCUACGCCUGCCAGCAACAUGAGGUGAUCCUGCAGAACAACCAGAGAGCAGGCUUCCUGAUAGGAGACGGGGCCGGAGUGGGGAAGGGCCGUACGGUGGCCGGCAUCAUCCUGGAGAAUUACCUAAAAGGAAGGAAGAAAGCACUAUGGUUCAGUGUGUCCAAUGACCUGAAAUACGACGCAGAGAGAGAUCUCAAAGACAUAAAUGCUCCCACUAUUCCUGUGCAUGCCUUAAACAAGAUAAAGUAUGGCGACACAGCUACCUCAGAAGGAGUCCUGUUUGCGACAUACUCUGCUCUGAUUGGGGAGAGUCAAGCAGGAGGGCAGCGCCGCACCAGACUCAAGCAGAUCCUGGACUGGUGCAAGCCCGGCUUUGACGGCGUCAUUGUGUUUGACGAAUGCCACAAGGCCAAGAAUGCCACAUCCACCAAGAUGGGCAAGGCCGUGCUGGACCUGCAGCACAAGCUGCCCCUGGCCAGGGUGGUUUAUGCCAGUGCCACAGGUGCCUCUGAGCCAAAGAACAUGAUUUAUAUGAGCCGCCUGGGGAUCUGGGGCGACGGCACACCUUUCAAGACCUUUGAUGAUUUCCUGCACGCCAUCGAGAAGAGGGGUGUGGGCGCCAUGGAGAUUGUUGCCAUGGACAUGAAGGUGAGCGGGAUGUACAUCGCCCGGCAGCUGAGCUUCUCAGGGGUGUCCUUCCGCAUUGAGGAGAUCAGCCUGGACGACGACUUCAAACUGGUCUACAACAAAUCUGCCAAACUGUGGGCGGAGACUCUGGCCGUGUUCAUGCGUGCAGCGGAUGAGCUGUGUCUGGUCAGCAGGAAGUCCCUGUGGGGUCAGUUCUGGUCGUCUCACCAGCGCUUCUUCAAAUACCUCUGCAUCGCCGCCAAGGUCCGCUGCCUGGUGGAGCUGGCCAAUAAGGAGCUGGAGGCUGGCAAGUGCAUUGUGAUUGGUCUGCAGUCUACAGGAGAGGCCCGAACCAGAGAGGUCCUGGAUGAGAACGAUGGACACCUGGACAGAUUCGUAUCCGCAGCAGAGGGGGUGUUCAAAGCUCUGGUACAGAAACACUUUCCCUCUGAGAAGCCGAGGAGAGAGAAAGCGCCUGGAAACAAGAGAAAACGUAAGCCCAGGGGCCGGCAGCCCAAGUUCCCAAAGCACACCAUAGUGGAUCCGGGGGGUGUAAUCAACAUCAGUGACGACAGCAGCACGGACACGGACGGCAUGGACACCGACUCCAACUCCUCACCCGACUCCCUGCUGGACAACAACAACGACGACGACGUCAUCUUCGUCGACACCAGGAUAGAGGAGAUGAAGCAGGGCCUCCUGAACAAGAUCGCUGACCUGGGGAAGGAGCUACCUCUGAACACUCUGGAUGAACUCAUCGACAAGUUGGGAGGUCCAGAGAAAGUCUCGGAGAUGACUGGUCGUAAGGGGCGCGUGGUGCGACGGCCUGACGGGAGCGUGCGCUACGAGUCGCGUGCGGAGCAGAGCCAUACCAUCGACCACAUCAACCUUAAGGAGAAGGACCGCUUCAUGUGCGGCGAGAAGCUGGUGGCCAUCAUCUCAGAGGCGGCCAGCUCAGGCAUCUCCCUGCAGGCAGACAAGCGGGUGAAGAACCAGUGUCGGAGGGUCCACAUGACGCUGGAGCUGCCCUGGAGUGCAGACAGAGCCAUUCAGCAGUUUGGUCGUACCCAUCGCUCCAACCAGGUGACGGCUCCAGAGUACAUCUUCCUCAUCUCUGAGCUGGCCGGGGAGAGACGCUUUGCCUCCAUCGUGGCCAAGAGACUGGAGAGCCUGGGUGCAUUGACCCACGGUGACAGGAGAGCCACAGAGUCCAGAGACCUGAGCAAAUACAACUUUGAAAACAAGUAUGGUACCAAGGCUCUAGAUAAGAUCACCAAAGCCAUCCUGGGUCACAUUGAGAGCAAGGUGUCCCCUCCCAAAGGCUACCCUGGGGGCGAUGCCCUGUUCUUCAGAGACAUGAAGCAUGGCAUGAUGGACGUGGGCAUCUUCUGCAAGGAGCCUCGCUUUGGUCUCAGUACUGAGAAAGACUGCAGCAUCACCAAGUUCCUCAACAGGAUCCUGGGCCUAGAGGUCCACAAGCAGAACUCUCUGUUCCAGUACUUCACUGACAACUUUGACUACCUGAUCGAAAAGGACAAGAAGGAGGGCAAAUACGACAUGGGCAUCUUAGAUCUGGCCCCAGGUAACGAUGAAAUCUAUGAGGAGAAACAGGAGACCUUCAUGACAGUGGGUAACCCCCAGGACGGACAGGUCGUGCUCUACAAGAUCAGCGUGGAUAGAGGGAUGCCCUGGGAGGAGGCCUACGAGAAGGCCCAGAACCUCAACAGUCCUGACGAAGGCUUCUACCUCUCCUACAAGUUGCGGGGGAACCACCCUUGUGUGCUGCUGGCGGAGCAGGGCCGAGGGAGGAACUUCAUCGUCUACAAGCCCAACAUCGGCAAGCAGGCCCACCCCGAGAGCCUGGACAACCUGCAGCAACGCUACCGCAAGGUGACCCCAGACCAAGCCAAGGACAGCUGGGAGAGCCAGUUCAAUUUCUCCUUUGGGAAAUGUAGCCAUGCUAACUGGAACGGGAAGUGUAAGAAGAUCGAGGAGGGACAGGAGUGUCUGCAGGGUAUGCGUCUGCGCCAGUACCACAUGCUGUGCGGGGCGCUGCUGCGCGUCUGGAAGCGUGUGGCUGACGUGGUCUCUGACAUCACCAGCUCCAGCAUCCUGCAGAUCGUACGCCUCAAAACCAAAAAUAGUAACAAGCAAGUCGGUAUCAAGAUCCCAGAGAACUGCGUGGCCCGUGUGCGAGUGGAGCUUCUCAAAAUGGAUGAGGAGGUAAAGAGGAGGCGCAAGGAGAGGGAGCAACAUGCCCAGGAGCAGAGGCUAGCCGAGCAGCGGCAGCUUCAGGACAUACACCUGCUUGCCAAGCCCUACAGCCAGCCCCACAGCCUGUCUCAGAGCCACAGGACUCAGAACUUCUACCAGAGCCUGAGCCUGACCCAGGCCAAGCCUUUACAGGUCAAGCCUCUACUACAGCCCAAACCUCCACAGGUCAAACCCCAGCCCAGCCCGAUCAACCAGCUUCCCAGCAUGGCCAGCAUCUUCUCCCAUUUCUCCCACCACUUCCCCUCCCUGCCCCCAAUGCAGCCCGCUCCAACCUCUACCACCAAGCCUUUCCGGGUUGGGGAGGAGGUCCUGGACCUGACGGUGAGCUCCUCUCCCUCCCCAGACAGCACUGAGGGAGUCCUAGGCCUGGUCAGCCUGACAGGGGGCUCCGACUUUGACCUGGAGAGACUGAUAUCGCGGCACGCACUCGCCGCCCAGAACACUGCACACAUUCUGCCGCAACCUCUACAGCCACCGCUGAUCAAACAGCGGCAGCUACAGUCGCCACAGCAGAUACAACCACAGCUACAGCAAUGGUCAGAUCAGCCUUUAAUCAACAGCGCCCACCAGGACUACUAUAUCCUUGACCAUCCAGACUCUCUGCCUUACUCUCUGUCCAGCCAGACAGCUACUAACCCCGCCACCUCUUCUACCUCCUCCUCUUCCUCCAACACAGUGGCUCACCUCUCGUCCGGCCACCUCUCGUCCCCCUCCACCCCCUCCUCUCACUUCUCCUCCACGGCCCUGGCCCCCUCAGAACAGCAGCCCCUCCCUCUAGCCAACAGCCACUGCAGCACGGACACACUCAUCAACGCGCGCGAGGUCCUGGACAACAUGAUGCGGACCAGUGCGGACCGCCAGUCGGUUAUCCAGUACCAGCCGAACGAAUGGGACUCUGCGUAACAACCUCUUCAGUGUGUCUGUCUGUCCUCUAGCUGCUGAGCGGGAACGCUCCCCUCAGGGCCUAGUCACACCACUGCCUGUCCUGUGCUCCUCCCCAUCCCUCUCCAGGCUCUGGAUCCACAGGCACGUUCACCAGACCAAAUGGUUUGGUUUCAUUCGGAGAUGGUGAACGAAUGACCCGGGUGGAAUUGGCCGGGUCCCUUCAUUGAGAGAGCAGGGGGGCUCAAAACCACAGUUUCUACACCGAGACUUGACUCAUUGAAGAAACACAAUUACACCUGGGUUUGAUUUUGUUUUUAAGAAUAUCAAAAGCGCAUGUGCUUUUUAAAUGAUCCAUCACAGUUGGAAUUGUGUUGCUUUGUUGAGGAAAUCACAAUGUAUAAACAUUUUUCUAGAACCACAGCUUCCCCUACUGGUUAUGUUGUGUAUCAUUGGUAACGUUGCUGGCUUCCAACUGCCUUUCAUGCACAUCUGUUGUGUGUUUGCUUUUCUGUGUUGCCUCAUCGCCAUUGCAUCGACUUGAAUUGGGCUAUCUUACAACGCUUGGUUUGUUUCACUGGCUCCACUCAAAAACUUCAAACUGGAAAAAUCAACACAGGGCAGAUUGGUUCAUAGGGGUGAAAUGUUUUAGUUUUAGCCCCUUCCUCUCCCUUGUGUCCCCCUCUCCCUGCGGUUUCUAUCAUCACUCACGCCUGUGUCUGGCUUUAAAAAAAAGAAGGGAGGGGUAAUAAACAGUCUGCCAUUGUUAACAGUGCCUUUGGAAACCUACUUAAAUGUAGUCUUUGAAACCCAUAUAGGCCUAAUGUAUAGAUUUAUACUCGAAGCAUUGGCAUCUUAAUUUAUUAUAUUUGUAUUUAACUUACCCCACUGUUGAAUCUAUGAUGGUGGUGGGCCAGGGAUAGCCCCCACACCACAACUCACUAUGUGUAUGUCUGUCUGUGGACCCUACACUAUAGCGGUCUCUUCAGCCCAUCGGCAGACUGUUCUGUGUUGGAACCCUGCUUUCCCAGGCCUUGUGAUAAACCGAGAACAGGGGUUAGAUGGGAUAGACACUGCUGGUUUAAUGCAAUUGGGUGGAUGGUUUUAAAAUGGUGUCAAAUAUCCUACUUUAAGUCUACACAACAUUCAUCCAACGAUGUGACCCAUGGUUUGCUUUUCAUUUGAAGUUCUCAGGAAAGUGUCGAGUGCAUUUGUUAUUUUGUUUUGUUCAACUUUCUGACCAAUAUUAAUAUGAAUAUUUGUUUUAGUCCAUAUGUAUAUCGUAUAUUACAUUUCAGAAUCUGUGAGAUCUGUCUGUCUUUGUGAAAUGGAUGCACUGUAAUUUGUUCAUGAAAAGCCUGGGUAAGUUCAACCAAUCAAAAGCAAUAAACAAGACAUUUUGAAUAGCAGAUGUUUUAGAAGUCUAAGUACUGUUUAUGCUCCACAGCCGAAGGUUAUAGAUUCACCUGUGCAUGGUAAGAAUUGUAUUCCUCUUUCUUUCUGUUCUACUCCUAGUCUGUAGUUAAAGACAUCUGAAAUACUUAUGAACUUUGUAUAAACAUUGUGAUGGGGAUAAAAGCAAUGUGCUCUUGAUGUUUUUGUCAUCCUUGUUAUUAUGAUCUUUAUAAUUGUUAUUUAUAUUUAAGGGACAUUUUGUUUUUAGAUUGUUAUCCUGAUGAUACUUUAGGUCAGGGACGUUUCUAGUUUUCAAGAUUUAUAAAAACAAAAAAAAUAAGUUUAUAACCUGCCACCAAAUAAUAUUGCACUGUGCUGUACAGGGUGGUUGGUUUGUUUCUUUUCUGUUCUUUUAUCUGAUUCUGCUUGUGACUUAAGUAGAAUCGUUCCAACUUUUACAGCUUCUGCCAGAACUUUAGAAUGCAAAGAGAUACCAAAGUAUUCCACCCCCCUGUAGUUACUGGCUAGAUCUGACCUAUUAUAGCAAUCUCAGGAAGAAAUCUUAGACAUGUAUUGAUUGGCGGGGAGAUAAGAGAAAUGUUAUUGUUUUCCCUAACAACAGUGGUGAAACUAACCAAUACACAUUUUAGUGCUAUUUUAUUUCCUCAUUCUGUGCUGCGACUCUUGCUGUAUUUUUUUUUUUUUAUGUUUUUUUUUAUGUUUGAGACUUGUGAUGGGUUUGUUUGUCAGUAAGUGUUGUGAAUUGUUGGUGAUUUUAAGUGUUUAUGCUAUCUUAGGGCAAAGAUCAAACUCUGUUUCUUUUAUGGAACGUUAUCUUUUGUCCUUUUUUUUUGUUUAAUACAUUUUAAUGCUGACAAAGAUUUUGAGCAGAUUUGCACUUGGAUAUACUUGUAUGUGCAGAUUCUUUACCCACUUUCUGACAGAUUCAAACAUAACCCAGACAUCCAAUAGCUCAGGCCCGUGUUCUCGUACUUACCCAUCUCAUAGCCCUCUCUCUCUCCUCUCUUCAGAUUGUCCUAAAUAUAUUUCCUCAUCAGGCACAUUCCAAUAAAUCCAAACAUUUUCUCAAUCUAACCGUUUGUGUCCCAUGCUUCACUUAUGGCCAAUGGACUGUGUGGUAUAACGCUCACAUGAAGUAAUAUGCAUUAUAAACCUGGGGAAACGGACAAACACAGUUUGAAAAAAUUAACUGCAAUUUAUCUUUUAGCUCGGUCUUUUUUAUUUCCCGAAAUUUGCACUAAGAAUGGCAUAAUCAAGUUACUGUUGUCUGUUAACAUUGAGAGUUGCAAGCUUGUUGUAUUCCUGACCUUUUGAUGGAUAGCAUUUCUGUAUACUGUAACCAUCCUUGUUUCUUCAGCUUUAAAAAAAAAUAUAUUUAAAAAAAAGUUAACUUUUUUUUUUAGUAUCACAUUAAAAUAAUUUAUUGCUAACAAAAACUAAACUAAAAACAUGCUACUGAUUGUAUGUAUUUUUAAACAAAGGCUAUUUUUUCUGUAAACUGUGUUCAGCACUUUUAUUCUGGGUUGUGCUUUUGUUUUCUAUAUAUUUAUAAUUUAGAUCGAAAUGUAUAUAUUGUAAAAAAAAAAAUGCCUUUCGACUAAUUCAUUAAAGGUUUUCUACUCAUAACAAAAGGAAGGAAUAUAUCAUAGUGCAAUCUUAACUUUGUAAACCAACAACAAAUAAAACUGAAGAUUGCGAAAAUGGUGUUUACCUUUUUUUUAUUGUGAAUAAAGACCUUCUGGAGUGGCUGUGGCCUAUACGUGCAUAAUCGAACACAUACACUUCUUAGACAGAUGGUGAUUAAAACUUCUGUGACUACGGCUCCAUUUACACAGCCCAAUUCUGAUAUUUUUCGUUUACACAGCGCAAUUCUAAUAUUUUGUCCAAUUGUCAAAAGACCAAUAUGUGGAAAAAGUUCUGAAUCGGCUGCCUGUGUAAAUGCAGCCUAAGGCCUUUAUUUCAUGUGACAGACUGACUUUGUUAUGCAGAGUCCUUGCAUCACAGGAGUGAUGUGACUGAUUUUAGAACUACUUGGGUUAACUCCCAAUGCUUCUCCAAAUAGAGGCAGUACCAAUUAUGUGUAUAUAAACCCUGGAUUGUUGAUGCUAUGUAUUGGCCAAUUAGAGGCUUUGAAGCCAAUUAUUCUAUAGAGCUGGGUUUCCCACAGUUGGUCCUGCCCCACUGUUUUGUUUUUACCCUAGCACUACACAGCUGUUUCAGAUACCCACAGCUUGAUGAUGAAUUGGUUAUUUUAAUCACCUGUGUAGUGCUCAAGCUAAAAACAAUGUCCACCCAGGGAGGGCCCCAGGAUGACUUUGGGAAACCCUACUAUAGAAUACCACAGUAUGACUCAUAAUACCUGGAGGUCGAACGGAAAUGGUUCCAAUCAUUUUUCCACCAUUUUUCCCAUAGGGGAUUUUAGAAACACUUCAAAUAAGGGCUGUGAUUCGUGUAGGCUUACCCUGGCGUGACGUUUUGAUAACCGUGUAAAUCUCUCUAGGAAAAGGUAACUUAUCAAUAUAUUCACCUGGAUUUAUCCUCCAAAAUAAAACGGUAAUCAGCUGCUAAUGUGGCUAUCGUAAAGAACUACAAAUGCCAUGAUAAUCUGGACGAGACUGCUAAAUCGAUGCAAAGGUAUGAAUCUAUCUGUUAGCUAAAUGUAGUAAUGAAUAAAUAGGUUAGAUUCCUUUAAAUUGACACAACCUGUUGGCAAAGGUAUCUGCUAGAGAUGACGUGCAGGGAUUUGUAGUUUUACAUGAUGCUAAUUUGCAUUUUUGAAUCUGAGAUUUACAUGGUUACCAAAACGUCACGCCAGGGUAAGCCUACACGAAACACAGCCCUUAUAUUUAACUAGGCAGGUCAGUUAAGAACAAAAUCUUAUUUCCAAUAACGGCCCAGGAACAGUGGGUUAACUGCCUUGUUCAGGGGCAGAACGGCAGAUUUUUACCUUGUCAGCUCGGGGGUUCAAUCUUGCAACCUUUCAGUUACUAGUCCAACGCUGCCUGCCGCCCCAGAUUGGAAUUCUCAGGUAUUUCAAUUUUCAAGCACAAAAUUACAUGAUCUGUUAACAUAAUAUAAUUUAAAAGUAUGUAUAACGGUGUCUGUAAUCGAACAUACUUGUCGAAAACGAAUGUAGGUAUUAAUAAAUCCAUUUAUAUAGAUUCCUAAAUAGCUGCGUGGUGGCUUAAACAGCGCCCCCUGUCAGUCAUCCAGGAUUUAUACACAUUGGGCAGUACAGUUGUACCUUUUCUUCUAGUCUGUCUGUAAACUGUUUAUUGUUUUUACAAAUACAUUUUACCUUUUGUAGAGUAAAAUGAUCCCCCCUAUUUACUGGGCAUAUAAACAGUUGGGUGUCAUGCCUUGAUAAUCCAUAGUUUUACGUUCCAAAUAUGACCAAAUUUGUAGGUCUACAUCAACACACACAGGCAGCGUUUACACAAACAGCCCAAUUCUGGAUCUGAUCGGAUAAGUAAAAAUAACAAUUAGUGGAUAUAAUUUUGAAUUAGGCUGCCUGUGUAAACUCAACAAUAGCCACUAUAACUGACCCCAAAUUAAGCUAGUUCUUUAUGGUCCAACUUAAAUCUAAAAUUUGAGGCUAUCAAAAGCAUUGUUCAAUGCUCAAAUCAAUGUUGUUUUUCAAAUCCGUUUUGAAAUACUGACUGUCCAAACAGCAAGUUAGAAGUGAUCAAAUCGGAUUUGUGUGUUCAGAGAAAGGGUCGUUGCUAUCAGGGAUCCUUGGAACAUCCCUACACCAUUUGAAGUUGACAUUUAAAAUGGUUCAGGCAGAGUUUCCCAAACUCGGUCCUCAGGACCCCUAGGGGUGCCGUUUAGUUUUUUGCCUUAGCACUACACAGCUGAUUCAAAUAAUCAUCACGCUUUGACAAUUUGAAUCAUGUGUAGUGUUAGUGCAAAAAGUAAAACGUACACAGAGUUUGCAUAACUGCUCUUAAAUGCAAGUAAAACUAAAUGCAUGUUCUUCAACCGAUUGCUGCCCGCACCUACCCGCCCGUCCAGCAUCACUACUCUGAACAGUUCUGACUUAGAAUAUGUGGACCACUACAAAUACCUAGGUGUCUGGUUAGACUGUAAACUCUCCUUCCAGACUCACAUUAAGUACCUCCAAUCCAAAAUUAAAUCUAGAAUCGGAUUCUUAUUUCGUAACAAAGCAUCCUUCACUCAUGCUGCCAAACAUACCCUCGUAAAACUGACUAUCCUGCCGAUCCUUGACUUUGGCGAUGUCAUUUACAGAAUAGCCUCCAACACUCUACUGCAUAUUGGAUGCAGUCUAUCACAGUGCCAUCCGUUUUGUCACCAAAGCCCCAUAUACUACCCACCACUGCGAAUUGUAUGCUCUCGUUGGCUGGCCCUCGCUUCAUAUUCGUCACCAAACCCACUGGCUCCAGGUCAUCUAUAAGUAUUUGCUAGGUAAAACCCCGCCUUAUCUCAGCUCACUGGUCACCAUAGCAGCACCCACCAGUAGCACGCGCUCCAGCAGGUAUAUUUCACUGGUCAUCCCCAAACCCAACACCCACUUUGGCUGCCUUUCCUUACAGUUCUCUGCUGCCAAUGACUGGAACAAAUUCCAAAAAUCUCUGAAGCUGGAGUCUUAUAUCUCCCUCACUAACUUUAAGCAUCAGCUGUCAGACCAGCUUACCGGUCACUGCACCUGUACACAGCCCAUCUGUAAAUAGCCCAUCCAACUACCUUAUCCCCAUAUUAUUUAUUUUUGCUCUUUUGCACCCCAGUAUCCCUACUUGCACAUCAUCAUCUGCACAACUAUCACUCCAGUGUUAGUUGUAAUUGUAAUUAUUUAACCACUAUGGCCUAUUUAUUGCCUUUCCUCCCUAAUCUUACUACAUUUGCACACUGUAUAUAGAUUUUUAUAUUGUGUUAUUGACUGUAUGUUUGUUUAUCCCAUAUGUAACUCUGUUGUUUUUGUCGCACUGCUUUGCAGUUUUAAUUGAGAACUUGUUCUCAACUGGUCUACCUGGUUAAAUAAAGGUGAAAUAUAUAUAUUUUUAAAUAACACAAUUAGACCCAACCAAAUCAUGAGAAAACCAAAAUAUAAUUACUUGACACAUUGGAAAGAAUUAACAACAAAAAACAGUGAAAACUACAAUGCUAUUUCGCCCUAAACAGUGAGUACAUAAUGGUAGAAUACCUGACCACUGGGACUGACCCAAAAUUAAGGAAAGUUUUGACUAUGUACAGACUCAGUGAGCAUAGCCUUGCUAUUGAGAGAGGCCAGGCUAUGUGCACACUGCCUACAAAAUGAGGUGGAAACUGAGCUGCAUUUCCUAACCUCCUGCCAAAUGUAUGCCCAUAUUAGAGUCACAUAUUUCCCUCAGAUUACACAGACCCACAAAGAAUUUGAAAACAAAUCCAAUUUGAUCAACUCCCAUAUCUAUUGGGUGAAAUACCAGUGUGCCAACAUAGCAGCAAGAUGUGUGACCUGUUGCCACAAGAAAAGGGCAACCAGUGAAGAACAAACACCAUUGUAAAUACAACCCAUAUUUGUUAAUUUAUUUUCCCUUUUGUACUUUUUUUAAUAACUUUUUUGCACAUCAUUACAACACUGUAUAUAGCCAUAUAAGAUUUGAAAUGUCUCUAUUCCUUUGGAACUUUUGUGAGUGUAAUGUUUACUGUACAUUUUGUAUUGUUUAUUUCACUUUUGUUUAUCUAUUUCACUUGCUUUGGAAAUGUGAACAUAUGUUUCCCAUGCCAAUAAAGCCCUUUGAAUUUAAUUGAAUUAACUGGUGUGGAGGGCUGGAGGGGUGUGUGUGUUGAGACUGAGCGCUGCAGCUGGCAUGUGUCUCGUGAGUGAGAGGAGACAGAGCAGCACGCGCGCCUCGUGACAACUUGUUAGGUAGACUAUUUACAGUGUCAUUAUGGAGACACCUAUUUCCAACCCUUUUACUAUAAAACAUAACGCUCUAGAACUGAUGCGCAUCAAUAAAUAACGGUGACAAAGCACAGAAAACGACCUUGGGCAGAUUAUAUACAUUCGCUCUGAGGUGCUUUAAACUGAAUUAUAUAGUCGACUUUUCUUAUGGGAAACCAUACCAAGCGAAGGGUUUUACGCAUGCUCAGUUCUUUGAUAUCAAGCAUUGAGCGAGUGGAAAGGAGAAUUGACAGUUAUGGAACUGCCUUGCGUGCUUCUGUUAUGGGUAAAAGUCCACAAUGAAGCUUCUCUAUUAAAUGUAGAGAAUGAUACAUUUGCAUAUGUUGUCCAUCAAUUAGCCUAUUAAUUACAAUGCGUGCGUAGGCUAUUGUAGCCUACCAUUUUAUACAGUACAUAUGUUGAAUGACGAUAUCUCUCUCUAUAUAUAGAUAUAUGACGAAAUUACGACCACAUCCUCAGUAGCCUAUACCAUGAAAUCGCCUCACUUCAUGUUAAACAAACUAGUCUAUCAUUUUGAACUAAGCAAGCUGCUAAAUCGUUCAUUUUGCCCAGGCUACUGUAGGCUAUCUGAAAUUAGAUGUAGACCUAUCAAGUGCUAUAUGUUACCUGUAUUUUAGUCAGUAGGCCUAGCCACUGUCUAUUGAAAUGACAAGUCAAUCUCGCAAAUAGCCCAAUAUAACGGUUUGUGUAAUAACGUCACAAUUGACAGAAAAUAUCCUAACAUUCGAUUUGUUUCCGUUUAAUAGGGGCGAAUUAUAUUUGUCUUGCGACAUAUCCAAAUUCCUUUAUUAGUCACAUUAGCUCACAAUAAUUAUUAUUUUGAUUGAAAACACAAUUUCGCUUCUUAGGUCAUUAGGAGUUAAAUCGAGAUUUCUUCUUAAUUCACUCGAUAACGUUAUGGGGAAAGGGUUUAUAGGCUAAAUGUGGCAACUCCUCUUUUGCUGCGAAAAUAAAUGUUUGGGCUAGUUUCAAGGUCUACCCUGGUGGUGGUGCUCGUGCUUCAAAGUUAUGUAGCAAUCAAAGGUGACAACAAUGCAUGCCAUGGACGUUUCCCAAUUGCUUUGAAUGUUCAAAAUCAUAAUGUACGACCACUUUUAAAGCCUCAAAGGAUAAGAUCAUAAUCCAACCUUCAAAACGAGUCAUUUUUGACUAGCCACAGCAGUCAAAUAGCUACUGAAGAGGAAGGAGAGUGAUUUUUACUAAGGAGGAGAAGGAGCCCGUGCUGACCGAGAUGCAUGCUGGCAAUUUCGGAGUGAAGCGCAUGAUUGCCAAAAUCAACCUACGCUUCUUCUGAUGGGGAAUUGUCAAGGAGGUCAGUACCCUGUGUCUACUUGCCAGAAGUUUGAGAGGGCGAAGACUGUCGCGCCGGAGUUGAAGCCCAUCAAAGUUGUUUCACCGUGCCACAUGAUCGGGGUGGACCUUAUCGGAUCCUUCACCGAAUCCAGGAAUGGCAACAGCUGGUGUCUGACGGCGACUGAUCACUUUACCAAGUGGUUAGAGGCAAUAUCCAUUAAGGGCGAGACUGGCAAGGCCACCUCUAAGGCAAUGAUGGACAUCUUCAACACCCACGGUUCUUCUGAGGUCAUCUUGAGUGACCAAGGUUAGGAACGCUGGAACAAGGUACAGAUGUUAUACAGUUUGGUGAAUGGACCAACCAGACCCUCAAGACUGCCAUGGGCAAGUCCCUUGAUUGGUACAAGGAAGGGUGGGCGAACAACCUGAAGGUAAUUCUCUUUGCACACAACAGCAGCAUCCAGGCCCCCACUGACUACGGACUGCGGGCUGCAGCUGUUGGCUGAGGUAAACAAUGCAAUUAUAUAAUUAUUGCAUAUACUGUAGUCUUUCAAAUGUGAUUAACUUAGUGUUGUUGUCUAUUGCUAUUUUUGUAUAACGUACUUUGAGAUCACUGAAACUCCACCUGAUGUGGUGGAAGUUGUCGAACCAGAUCAGAACGCCUUCGAGGACCACCUUCAGGCACGGACUGAGAAGGAUGUGGAGGUUUUUGACCAGGUGAGACUGAACAUUGACAAGGUGCAGGAGAAACAGAAGGAGAACUACCGGAGCAGAAUCAAGAAGGGGACCAAGUGCUACAACAUCCGGGGAAAUUACUUGGUUUGGAAGAAGCGCGAAAGGAAGGGUUACCUCGGUGGAAGCCAACAAUCUUCUCCAGUUGUACGGUCAAGCACUGACGCCUUACACUUCGGGAAGCCCAAUAGACAAAGUAUGUUAAGUUUUGGUUGACAUUUGAGAAGGCAAGAAAUGGUAGUUAUCCUGAAAGCACGCCCACAUCCACAUCGACAGGGCUGCAGUGGAACGGGUCGAGUGCUUCAAGUUCCUCGGUGUCCAAAUCACUAAGGACUUGAAAUGGUCCGCACCCACUCACACAGUCGUGAAGAAGUUCGGGAGGUUGAAAAGGUUUGGCAUGUGCCCUCAAAUCCUCAACAAGUUCUACAGCUGUACACCUGAGAGCAUAUUUACUGACUGUAUCACUGCUUAUGACAAUAGCACCGCCCUCGAUCGCAUGGCGCUACAGAGGGUUGUCUGGACAGCCCAGUACAUCACUGGUGACGAGCUACCUCCCAUCCAGAACGUCUAUAUCAGGCUGUGUGAAAGCAAGUCUCCAACCACCCAAGCCAUAGACUGUUUGCACUGCUUCCGCAUGGCAAGCGGUACCGGUGCAUCAAGUCUGACACCAGCAGGAUUAUGAACAGCUUCUAUCCCAUACCAGAAGACUGCUAAAUAGCUAACAAAAUGGUUAUGCUGACUGAGUUGACCUUUGUAUUUUAUUAUUUUUGCACUCUCUAUGCACACUCACAGGGCCCUACAAAGUACUCACACUGAUACUCCAACACACAUAUAAACACGUAUCCAUAAUUUGCUCACACACAUAAUACACACUUACAUUUAUACUGACUCCACUCAAACACAAUCAUCAUAUAUGCUGCUGAUACUCUGUUUAUCAUAUAUCCUGAUGCCUAGUCACCUUACCCUAUAAAUAUCUACCUCUCGAUCCAGUAUCCCUGGCCAUUGUAAAUACGGUCCUGGAACUGACCCUGUAUUUAGUAUGCUUACUAUACUUACUUUAUCAUGUUGUUCCUAUUUUUAUAUCUUGUGUGUUUUUGUUAUACCUUGUUAUUUUUAGUAUUACAUUGUUGUUAAUCACUGCAUUGUUGGCGUUAGAGCUUGCAAGAUAGGCAUUUCACUGUACUUGUGUACAUACGACAUUCAAAACUUGGUGUUUCCCGAAAAAAAGACGGGGAGUGCCCUACUUCCUGGAAGUCACACAACGUGCGUGAUGACGUCAAGAAACUCACCUGCACGCUGUACUGCCAAAUGGAUAAACCCCUUUAUGCUCUUCAGGUAGCUUUUUUAACGAUUUCAUUUAUUUAAUGAUAAAUCUGUUGACAGAGGCAAGUGUCUAAACCGCGAACUAUUAUUUUGAGUUGGACGACUUUACUGGAGUUGCUGUGACGUUUUACAGGUAGGCAACGAAAACACAUUUCGAACACUUUUUCUAUCUCAACAACCAUUAACAUUUUCAUUUGAGUUCUGUCAACAUGUCAUGACCAGUGGUGUAAAAAUACUUAAAGUACUACAUACUUAAUUCGUUUUUGGGGGUAUCUAUACUUUACUAUUUAUAUUUUUGACAACUUUUACUCUACUACAUUCCUAAAGAAAACAAUGUACAUUUCCCCUGACUAAAGUACUCGAUACAUUUCGAAUGCUUUGCAGGACAGGAAAAUAGUCAAAUUCACGCACUUAACAAGAGAAUAUCCCUGGCCAUGCCUAAAGCCCCUGAUCUGACGGACUCACUAAACGCAAAUACUUUGUAAAUGAUGUCUGAGUCUUGGAGUAUGCCCCUGGCUAUCCAUACAUUAAAAUAAGAAAAUUGUG